CAACACGAGCCGAGUUUCCUGAUAUCUGCUUCUUCUCCUCCUCUUCCUAUAUAUAUCCCUCCUCCUCCUCUAUCCUCCUCUAUCCUCCUCUAUAUCUAUAUCUAUAUCUCCUCCAUGUCCCUCUCCCUCGAGAGAACUGCUUCUCUCAUCGUCUCCCACUCCCGCCUCCUCCUCGACGCCAUCGCCUCCUCCCCCGCCUUCUCCCUCUCCCGCAACCUCGUCUUUGCCUACGCCCUAUGCUCCCUCUCUGCCACUGCCUACCGCGAGCUAUGGGCCCGCGGCCCCCUCGGCAUCUUCUCCGACCUCUACCGCUCCGCCUCUAAGCUCUUCUUCCGCUACCUCCUCCGCGCCCCCGGCAUCCGCGACAAAGUCGACGCCGAAGUCAGCAAAGUCCUCGUCUCAAUGGAGCAGCAGAUGGUCCCGCGCGGCCCCGACAUCACCUACUACCGCGAACUGCCACAGCACGGCUGGUCCGAAGAGCAAAUCAUCGCCGAAAUGCAACACCUCUCCCUCAUGCAGCAUUCGGCCUGGGAAGCCGGCAAGGUCUCCGGCGCAGUCUACCACGGCGGCAAAGAGCUCAUCGACCUGCAAACCCAGGCCUACGGCAUGUUCUCUGUCGCAAACCAGCUCCAUCCCGACGUCUUCCCCGACGUCCGCAAGAUGGAAGCCGAGGUCGUCACAAUGGUCCUCAAUCUCUUCAACGCCCCCCAGCACUCCGGCGUCGGCACCACCACCUCCGGCGGCACCGAAUCCCUCCUGCUCGCCUGCCUAUCCGCCAAAAUGAAAGCCUACCACGAAAGACACGUCACCCAGCCCGAGAUCAUCGCGCCCAUCACCGUCCACGCCGGGUUCGACAAGGCAGCCUACUACUUUGGCAUCAAACUCCGCCACGCGCCCAUGGACCCCGUCACAUACAAGGUCAAUCUGAAGGCCGUCAGGCGCAUGAUCAACUCAAAUACUGUCCUCAUCGCGGGCUCGGCGCCAAACUUCCCGCACGGCAUCAUCGACGACAUCGAGGGCCUCUCAAAGCUCGCGCUGAGGUACAAGAUCCCACUGCACGUCGACGCCUGCCUCGGCUCCUUCGUCGUGCCUUACCUCGAGCGCGUCUACCGCGAAAUAGACCCAACCGUCAACGUUCCUGUCGUCGACUUUCGACUACCGGGCGUCACCUCGAUCUCGUGCGAUACCCACAAGUACGGCUUCGCGCCGAAAGGAAGCUCGAUAAUCAUGUACCGCGACUCUUCCUACCGACGGCACCAGUACUUCCUCGCGACAGACUGGUCCGGCGGCGUGUACGCGUCCCCUACUCUUGCUGGCUCGAGACCGGGCGCGCUGAUAGCAGGCUGCUGGGCGACGCUGAUGAAGAUGGGCGACGACGGCUACUACAGCUCUGCAAAGUCAAUAGUCGAGGCCGCGCGCCUUAUCCGCUCCUCUAUCGCGGCUGAUAUUCCGCAGCUGACUGUGCUCGGCGACCCAAUCUCCUCCGUGGUCGCGUUCACGUCAUCAACUCUAAACAUAUACGAGGUCGCAGACUCGAUGGUCGCAAAGGGAUGGCAUCUUUCGGCGCUGCAAAACCCGGCGGCACUGCACAUUGCGUGCACAAAGCUGACGACAGAGUCAUGCGUCAUGCUCGUGCGGGAUCUCAAGGACUCUGUAGCGCAGAUCGAGCUCGCGCACGGGGCCGAGUCCGAGAGCGAUAUCAAGAAGAAGCAGGGCGAUACGGCGAUGCUGUAUGGCGUGGCGGGCAGCGUGAGCACGAAUGGAGUUGUGGACGAGAUGGUCUAUGGGUUCCUUGAUAACCUCUACAAGGCUUGAUCUCUGUAUCUAUCUUGUAAUCUAAUGUAAUUAUCGUCUGUCUGCGCUGUCUGUCUGUAUGUC